AUGUCUCUGGGAUAUCUCGGCCUUCUACCACCCGAACUAAUUCGUGAAAUCUGCUACCACCUGAGUUUGAGCGACAUAGUCAACCUUCAGAAUUCUCAUCCCUGCCUGGAAGUGACAAUCGACAACGUAUUUUUUGUCGAUCUCAAGCAGAUGGAGGUGAACUGGGAGACUGACGAUAUCGUAUUCUCGCUAUUCUCUCCGUCCACCUCAACAGCAUUCUCCACGACUACUGCCUAUGAAAAUUGGGACGAUAUUUUGUACAAAUCGAAGCGAAUCUCAAAAUUGUCGAUCAAGAAAAAU